AUGCACCCCUCGCUCCGGCUCUGCUCUGCAGGCUCAGUGCGCCAGCCGCUCAUACACUUCCUCGGAAAACGACAGUGGCCUGCUACACCCGAGGCUCCCCAUGCACAUGCGUUUGCGCCUCCCGAGCUAAAGCAGUCAUUCGCCGAGUUCGUGAAAAAGUACAAGGCAUCAGGCUCCUCAGCGUCAAGCACAUCCACAGCGAGCUCGAGUAAAUCUAGGGAAGGAGCGCAGGUAUUCUCUGAAUUCUGGCAAGCACCAGAACGAUUUUGGAAGCAUGACUUGGAGGAGUGGGAGAUUGAACUUGUCGAAACUGGCGGAGCCUCGCGGCAUUAG